AUCUCUAACAGCUGUUUAAUAAAAUUUGCUGUCAUAACUUUGUGCCGAAAAAUAUAAAAUAUGGCUUCAAUAAAAAAUUUAUUGCAAUUAUGCAAAGGAACACAAUAUUUUUUGCAGUUCUCCAAUAAUCAAAAGUGUUUAUUAUCCCUUGCUGCUGUACGUCAAUCGAGUUACCUAUCAUCACCACCAGUGGCACCACGUGAGGAAUACCCCGAAGUGGAGAUUGUACAAAAUGCACCAGAAUGGAAAUAUGUCGAGCGUUUGAUGCCACAGAAAAUUAUACCAAAACCCAUUGAAAAGCCAGAAUAUCCUUCGGGAUGGAAACCACAGACCGCAGCCUCACUACCGGAUCUGAAGUACUUCGUAGCGCGUACAAAAAAUCAUAUGGUACCUGUCUAUCUACAUACGACCUUCCGCGGUCAAAGGCGUAUCACAGUCAUACGGCGCAUCCAGGGUGACAUUUGGGAGUUGGAACGAGAACUGCGUGUUGUUGUGGAGAAAGCACGUAAUGGCAAAUUAUGCGCUAGUCGUGUUAAUGAGAUGAGCGGACAAAUACACUUUCAUGGCGAUUAUGUUGAUGUUAUAAGGGAAUAUCUCAAGGAGAAAGGCUUUUAAAUGGUGAAAUAUGUUGUUUACUUUAUGAACAAUAAUAAACAAAAAUAUUUUAUAAAAGUACAA